CUAGCUGGAGUAUUUAUUUGGGCAUAACUGUGUAUGUGCUAUUGUGCUGCUUCGUAGAGUCUAUUGCCCAUGUCAGUGCAGCUGGUACAGGAAACGUAGUAUCUCCCGGCCCCACACUGGACCGAGACUACAUCAAGGCAAACAGCAUGCCGACUCUUCGAACAACACCGGGCCACACAGCUGGACUAAAAAAUCCAGGACCUAUAGUACGUCUGUUCCAUCUCCUGGUCUAUGCAUCCUCAUCAGGCUACCCUACUAGUCUAGUCCAUCUCCAGGCCCCACGCAAACCUGGACCACCACCUCCUGGACCUGACCAACAUCAAAGAGCUCAUUCCGGGCAUUUCGCAUUUCGCCCAGCACGUCCGUCGAAAGGCACAGUAAAUCCGUGACUGAGACUUCAACCAGGACUGCAAGAGAUCCAUCACUGCCAACUGCCGACACAUCUACUAGUAACACAAUCCAUACUGAACGACGGGACCAUGGUUGUUGUGGUUGGUGCUGGGAUCACAGGAGCGGCAACGGCGUACUACCUCUCUAGAGCUGGUGUUUCGCCAGUUACAGUGAUCGAUUCCGUGGGAAUCGCUACCUGCAGUAAGGCGGCAGCAUUUUUGUCGGAAUCUUGGGGAGACAGGACCAAAACCGAAAAGCUGCAUCGUACAUCCUUCCGUUUACACUUGGAUUUAGCAGAGGAGCUUGGCUUGAAAAGCUUUCGUCAAAUUCCAACUUAUCACAAAACAGAUCUUGAAUGUGAUGAUGAGAAUCUGUGGUCCUCCCAUGCUAAGGAAGGACGUCAUGCCUUGGUGGAUCCAAAGGAAUUAGUGUCGGCGCUGAUGGAUGCAGCACAAGAACGAGGAACUUCCAUGGAGAUCCAGACUUUGUCAGGCCUGGAAAUGGAAGGGAGCACUGCGACUGGCAUUUGUUUUCAAGAUGGCGGCAAGCGCGAUCUUGACGAAGAAGAAGCCAUUGUGCUUUGCAUUGGGCCAUGGGCGUCUCGUUUGGAGGAUUGGAUAGGCACGCCAAUGCCCAUUGAUGGAGUGCUUUCCACAUCCUUGGUGUGGCAAGACCUUUGCUUGUGGGAUGAUCCAAAAGCCAUGUUCUGCGAAGAAGACAUGAAUGGGUGUCAUUUAGAAAUGUUUCAGAGAGUGGACAAAUCUAUCUACGUGUCCGGUCUGGGCAAUUCCAAACCACUCAAGGCAUCCUACUUUCGAGGCAAAGAUCGGCCAUUUCCCGGAGAGGAAGUCCCUUCGCGGUGCGACGCUGCACUGAGAAGUCUCCAAGCCUUUUCUGCUAUAAAUCGACCUCCGGAUGACAUUAGAGCCUGCGUCCGACCCCAAUCGCCGGAUGGCGUUCCGGUUGUGGGCAAAAUGGGUGGCAGUAGUAACGUUUAUGUGGCAUCGGGAGGGGGACAAUGGGGAAUAACUUGGGGGCCCUUACUUGGUCUAAUGGUCACCAACAUGAUCUGUGAAAAGGACCCUCCCCUGUCUCCUAUGUCUGCGUACAGUCCAGCUCGGUUUGAUACACUUGUGCAGCGGACAAUAAUGAAUGGACGAAGCAAGGAAGCCUGGCCAUGACAUGACAUCCCAUGACUCGACACACCAUCAUGACAUGACAUGGCACAGUGCCGUAUGUCAUACUAUGCCUGGCAGUUUGAACGAUAGGAAUGAUUACAAGUAGAGGUUCGCCUUCAGGACCGGGUUUCGGCGGGCUACAAACACCGAAUGCCCUCGUUACCUCCCGUAACUUGAGUUAGCUUGCAAAGCCAGCGUCCUUGGCCCUACAGUCCAGUGCCUGCAUCACAUUCGAAAGAAUCUUGCUUGAUACAAGAAAGGGGGUACAGUUCAUUUGUACUCAGAUUUGAGCAAAAAUUUUGUAUGGUUAGAAUGAGUUCGCUAGUUUGGUAAAGAAAUUUGGCUGGCCCGUAAGAAAAACUGCCAGUAUCAGUCUGAAACUGGUUCAAAACCCAACCCAAUAGGCAACUUUUUCUAUGCCUCAUGGCACAGGAGAGGUUUUCACGGCGUCUGCAGUUCCUAACUUGGGAGGAGUAACAGCAUUUGCUUGAUCAUCCAUGGUGCCAACAAAUCUGAGAGGAUGUCCUGCCAGCCAUACCUUGAUUUGCGGUUGACAGAAUAAGAGCCUGCUCUAUUGAGAUCUACUAGCUAGUACACUGAUAGCCAGGCCUAGCUAGGUCUGGCCAGGCUGGAUAAUCUCGCAGCUACCAGGUAGCUAGCAGCCAGCUAAGAUCGUACCGUACCAGAUAAGAGAAACUGAGUGUGGGGGAAGAGAUGGGGAACCCAAAACCCUGUAGUAAAAAUAAACAAGAGCUUUCUUAUAAGUAAGUUUGGAGGUUUGUAAGUUUGUUGCAUCUUGGUAGUGGUACGAAGUCGGUACCACGAAGUCGGUACCACAUGUACUAGCUAGAAGUAGUAGUUAUUGCUCCUAAUGCCUAAAACCCCAGACGUUACUGUUCUCUUUUCACUCGGAGUAGUGAAACUAUAAGUCAACCAGAUUCAGACCUACGUGGGCAAAACCACGUCGCCUUUGUUCCUUAUGGAUACGUG